GGAUCCUGCUUCGCCCCCCCCCGUUUGUAGCUUAUCUUGCAAGGCUCAGUCCCCUCUCUGCGAAGCUGGAAUGGGGGAGAAGCGAGCUGGAGGCAGGAGCCCAGCCCUGGUGGCCACACUCGCUCGCUGGCCCGGCCGGCGCUGUAAGCCCAGCACCCCGGGAACACGCUGCGAGGAGCGAGAGCUCCGCAGUUCAGGGAAAAUGGCAGACGGUUUUUCUCUAUCUGAUGCCUUAUCUGGACCUGGUAACACAAACCCAAACGCUCCUCCAAAUCAAGGCUGGCCUGCUGGUCCCUGGGGAAAUCAACCUGCUGGUCCUUGGGCGUAUCCUGGGGCACCGGGGGUGUAUCCUGGGGCACCGGGGGUGUAUCCUGGGGUACCGGGGGUGUAUCCUGGGGCACCGGGGGCGUAUCCUGGAGCACCUCCUACUACUCCACAAGUUGGACCUGGAUUUGGAUCUGCCCCUCAGCCAGGAGGACCUACUGCUUCACUGAGAGUCCCCUGUGACCUGCCCUUGCAGACCGGCCUUGUGCCUCGCUUGUUGAUAACAAUCGUGGGGACAGUGAAUCCGAACCCCUCCAGAUUUUCACUGGAUUUCAAGAAAGGGCAUGAUAUCGCCUUUCACUUUAAUCCCCGCUUCAACGAGGAAAACAGACAAGUCAUUGUCUGUAAUUCAAUGAUUCAGAAUAACUGGGGAAAGGAGGAGAGAAGCUCGCCCAGGUUUCCAUUUGAAGCCGGCAAACCUUUUAAGAUCCACAUUCUGUGCGAGAUAGAUCAUUUCAAGGUAGCUGUCAAUGAUGCUCACUUGCUGCAGUUCAGCUACCGGAUGAAGAACCUGAAUGAAAUCACCAAACUCAGCAUUGCUGGGGACAUCUCUCUCACCAGUGUUAUACCCGCUAUGAUAUGAGUGGUGUUUUGUAAUGUAACCUUCACACCAAGAAACAUACUCUAGCCAUGUCCUGAAUAGCUGUUAACCUUU